AUGGCGACCUCACUGACAAACGCACAACGUCAAGAAUUAAAAGAUGCUUUCGAUUUAUUCGAUUCAGAUAAAUCUGGUAAAAUAUCUGAAAAAGAAUUAGGAAAUGUUUUUAAGGCAUUAAGUAUUAAAGUAAGUGAUAGUCAAUUAAAAAAGUUAGUUGCAGAAAUGGAUACGGAUAAAAGUGGUCAAAUUGAAUUUGAUGAAUUUUGUCGUGUAAUGGCUGAUGCAUUUUUUAAAAAACAUUCGCAAGAUGAAUUACGUGCUGCUUUUCGUCAAUUCGAUCAGGAUGGUUCAGGUUUUAUUCAAGCAAGUGAACUUGAAAAUAUUAUGAUUAAAAUGGGAAAACGCUUUAAUAAAGCUCAAAUAGAUGCAUUAGUUAAAUCUUUAGAUACAAGUGGUGAUGGAAAAAUUUCAUUUGAUGAAUUCGUUCAAUUAUUUUAA